UAAUGACGGAUGCAAAGUGAUUUCAUGACGUCAUUUUACAUUACGUAGUGCUUUCAAUUUAGCUCAGUUUGAUUGAUUCACUUUGAUUGUCUUAAUUGCUGCUAAAAAUAUCAAAGCUUGGUGUCCAAUCAAAACGCUUAUUGCACCACAACAAGAAAUCCAACAUGGCGGUCGAGGUUGGUUAUAAAAACGGCUUUGGAGCUGUACAACACUAUGCGAUCUUUCGGAAUUAUUCCGUGAUCCACCGUGUGACACAUAAAACCAUGGUUUGGAAAGAGAGAGGGAAAUAUGGUGUCAAAACGGGACGAACUGUUCGCCAUCCUUUUUCUCGUUUUCGUGGCCACGAACCGGAAGUUUUACUCAAGUUUACAAGAGGAACAGAGAACAUGUCCGACAAUGAAAUGCAACAGUUCCUUGAGGAAAACGAUAUAGAGGAUGGCCUUGGUGAUUUCACUCUCUCGUCCACUCGGCAUCUGCGUGCUGGAAGCGGAGUACAUAUGUCUAGCGUUGUGUACUCCUUAAAAAAGCGAAAACGAUGGCUGUUAUCUCAACAGUCAGAUGAAGCUAGUGGACAAGACACAACUGAUGCUUCGUUUAGGCCCAGUGUUGCUAUUAUACGUCGACGGAUGCGACAAAAGGUCGAUGCAGAUUGCAUCUCUGUCCACAAAGUCAGAGAAAACGAAGUGUAUACUCCUCAAAAACGCAAAUACACUCGUGUGCAAGAUUUAAUCAAGAAGAGUGACUCAACCGAGUUGGAACCUGAAAUUGGUUAUGAGCUGUCCUACUGGUAUCCUAGCAACGAAUACCCUGAAUGCAGCGAAGGAUCCCCGACAAAUUAUCGUUGGUCUUUUCAGUAUUCUCUCAGAAAUCCACGCAAAUCACGAUGCAAGAACAAGGGCGUGAAAAACAAGGGUUGCCGGUGGGGUCUUUGUUCUGACAGAGAGCUCAGGAAUGAAGAAGUUUGUAAAGGUGAACGCUGUCAGACAUACUCAUCACAUAAAGCCUCUGAGAGUAAAAUUAGUGUAAUGGAUGCAGAGUGGUUUAGUGGCUGGAAGACCCCUAGAGAGACAUUCUCCAGGAAUAGUACUGGGUUUGAUAUUGGUUCUUACAUCAGUGAACUUUCUAGACACCCAUUAAAGAAAAAACAACAGAAGGCAAAACCAAGACAUGGUGAAGAUGAAUCAGUGACUCAGUGUUUUAAGUAUGGGAAGAAGAGUGUUGUUUUCAUUGAUCCUGAGCCAAGCAUGAACACAUCCCAGAAUCCAACCACUGUCCCUCUAAUGAUUCCUCCAUCAGAGAAGAAGCUGGCAGCUCCUUUGCAAGUAUUGGUUUGUGACUUGGAGCCUGGGAAGCUCAUCAUUGACUGGAAAGACUUGUAUUUGGAAGGAGGAAGCUUGCCUAGGAAGUUCACAAUUGACCUAAUUCCUCUUCUUUCUCCUAGUGGUAGCUUUACCAAUGAAUCCUGCUGUGUAUUGUUUGAAGUGACCAGCCAGCUGAACUGUGAAAUGAACUGUGCUACAGCAGAUGUUAGUUUGCAUGCCACAAAUACUCCGGACCUCUCUGGUGAUCUUUGCAAUGCAAUCACUAACUUCUUCAUGGAAUUGGAAAGUGAGAAGAAAGACUUUUGGAGAGUGUGCGAUGUAGUUAAUUGUGCAGCUCGUUGCUUGCAAUAUUGUUACCAGUCUUUGCCAUCUUCUAUGCAAGACUCCCACAACCAUGCAAAAACAUGGAAUUCUACCAAUGUGCUUGGUUCCAUGUUUGGAUGGAAAUCAGACAUAUUCUCGCAAAGAGAAAUAAAAUCUGAACUAAGAGCAAAAAUCAAGAAAAAAGAUCUGCUCAGCAUGAGUGUUCUGAUGGGCCAUAGAACAGAUGAUGCUGGAACUGCAGAACCACUAGACAACUUUUGUGGUAUAUGCUACUUGGAAUUGGAGAGUGAACUUUUGACUCCCUUUACUGCUCUAAAACACUGCCAACAUACCUUCUGCAAUCAAUGCUGGGAAGUCCACCUGAAGACGCAGAUCAGCUUGGGGAACACAGACCUGCAGUGUCCUGGACAUAAGUGCAAUGUCUGCGUUGACAAGGCCACUAUUAUAGCUUUAGUGCCUACCUGGUAUGACAAGUUCCUGUCACAGAAAAUCGACAAAGUCAUAGAAUCCAGUUCAGAAUUGAGGUGGUGUCCCUCCAGCAAGUGUGUGAAAAUUUUUAAGGUCUCUAUAUCUGGUGCCAUGGCCAAUAGAAGCAGCCCAGUCUCUGUAGCUUGUUCUUGUGGAGGGCUAUGGUGUUUCCAGUGUGGUAGAAAUGCACAUUGGCCAGCUUCAUGUGCAGGUGAAGUGAAAUUCCAGGAACUCACCAAACAUAUUCAUGCAGAAAUCGAGCAGAAGAAAGAGGAUCUCAUAACUUCAGUCAUGGUGCGAAAUUGUCCAAACUGCUACUAUCCAAUAGAAAAACACCUUGGCUGUAGUUUUAUGUACUGUAUCAUGUGUCAGACGGCUUUCUGCUGGGAGUGUCUAACCCCCAUGAGCAAACAUCAGGGAGAAUGCAAGCAAAAGGUGCAGUCAAAGGAAGUGGAGUUGGACCUUAUCAGCUCAAGCAGUACUCAUUUUGCAGAAUACUUUUCAAUAUAUCUCAAAAACAAGAUGGCACGAUCAAGCAAAGCUAUGUCACAUCAAAGAAAGCAACUGCGAAAUGUUGACAAGAUUGUAAAAUCCUAUGAGAGUCUGAACAGCUCACCUAUCUUCGCAUUUGGUGAAAUUGUGGAAAAGAUUCUGCAAAUUUGUAGUUGCAAAAAUGUACUAAGGAGUGCAACUGAAUUCAAGUUUUACUCCCACUUGACACUCGAAGGUGCAGCAAAGAUGGCCAUUUUGUCAAAGUCCACAUCUAAAGAUGUAAGGCAACACAUGAGCCGAUUGCAAUUUAUCAUGGAAAGAAUUGACGAAAUCUUAAAGAGUGACUUGACAGAGCUAUUACAGAACAAGCAUUUGAGAAAACUGUCAAGAUUACUACAACAUGGAAAUGAUUGUGUCUAUGCAAUUGUGCAGUUUCUCUCUGAUAGGCAAGAAAAACACAGGCCUUGAAUAAUUUAAUGGACCAGAUGAGCUGCACUGCACUCUGCUUUGUUUUCUUGAAUGCUAAUAUUAAUGUUGUGGUGCAGUAUAGAAUCCACAGUUUGAAUUUCAUUUUUGUUUGGUUUUGUGAUAGCACGAUUUUCUUAAUGAUUUUCAAGGAAGGAGAUCAAACAUUUGAACUAGUGACCAAAUUGAACAAUAGUAUAAUUUCUCUUCAUAUUAAUGUUUUUUUAUACAAAACUGUCAAAAAAUUAGAAUGGUU